AUGAUCCAAGCCUACUCCAAGACACCCAAUUCCCGAGAAUCACUCUAUCUCUUCUGCCGCAUGCUUGCACUUGACCCGUCCUUGGCACUGGCAGUGAAACCUGACAAAUACACCUUCACCUUUGUGAUUACUGCCUGUUCCCGUCUUCCAACGCUGGUGGGUUACGGUGAAAACGUUCAUGGGAUGGUCAUAAAGAAUGGUUACGAAUCCGAUAUCUUUGUGGGGAAUUCGCUAGUAAGCAUGUAUUCCAUGUAUGCGAAGAUGGUGGACGCACAGAGGCUUUUCAAUGAAAUGCCUCAGCGAGACGUGGUCACUUGGACUAGUCUUGUUUGUGGGUACGCCAAGUCCGGGGGGUUGGUUAAAGCUCGCGAGUUGUUUGAUGAGAUGCCGGAGCGGAACGAUGUUUCUUGGGCUGUUAUAAUUGCAGGUUAUGUUGGUAGUGGAAGAUACAAUGAUGCACUUCAACACUUCCAUGGUAUGUUAUGUCAUGAUAAGGUGAAGCCCAACGAAGCAGUUCUUGUCUGUGUGUUAUCGGCUUGUGCUCAUCUUGGGGCCUUAGACCAAGGGAAGUGGGUUCAUGUUUAUAUAGACAAGAAUGGAGUUCCAGAGAGUUCAAACAUUUCCACUGCUCUCAUUGAUAUGUAUUCAAAAUGUGGGGGGAUAGAUUAUGCCCGCCGAAUUUUUUACGAGACAACUAAAAAGGAUGCUCUCACAUGGACUAGCAUGAUUUCGGGGUUGUCGAUGCAUGGUCUGGGUAAGGAUGCUCUACAGGUUUUCGCCCAAAUGCUAGCAGAAGGGGUUAAGCCAGAUAGCAUCACUGUCCUUGGGGUAUUAAAUGGUUGCAGCCAUUCGGGUCUGGUAGAGGAUGGUUGUUGUAUCUUCUAUAACAUGCAAAACUUAUGGGGGAUUGAGCAAAAAAUUGAGCACUAUGGGUCUCUAGUAGACCUUCUUGGUCGUGCUGGACAAUUGGAAAGGGCAUUUGAAGUUGUCAAGAGCAUGAGGAUGGAACCUGAUGUCGUUGUAUGGAGGGCCUUGCUUAGUGCCUGUAGAAUCCACGGCAAUGUUGGCCUGGCGCAGAAAAUCAUAAAUCACAUUGCCCAAUUGGAUCCCAGUCAUGGUGGAGGUUAUGUGUUACUAUCGAAUUUGUAUGCAUCUCUGGGUCAAUGGGACAAGGUAGUUGGAAUGAGGACCUCAAUGGGUGAGAGAGAGGUUGAAUCCAGUCCUGGUUGUAGCUGGAUUGAGGUUGAUGGUUAUAUUCAUGAAUUCCUUGCUGCUGACCGGUUGCAUCCUCAGCUUGUGGAGAUACAUAAGAAACUGAGUGAGGUACUGAAAAGAAUAAGUAUCGAGGGAUACUAUGUUCCUAAUACAAAGCAAGUUCUGUUUGAUUUAAGUGAGGAGGAUAAAGAGCAGGCAGUGUCUUGGCACAGUGAGAAGUUAGCAGUGGCUUUUGGGCUGCUUAAUAGUGUGGAGGGGACUCCCAUUCGAAUAGUAAAGAAUCUAAGGAUAUGUGAAGAUUGUCACUCUGCUAUGAAGGCCAUUUCAAAUGUUUUUUGUAGAGAAAUUGUUGUCCGAGAUCGUUCUCGUUUCCACACCUUUAAAAAUGGUGAAUGUUCAUGUAUGGAUUAUUGGUAG